AUGCGUCGUCGUCGUCCUCCUCCUCCUCCUCUCGCGUUCGCCCUGCUCGGUGUCGCGUGCGUCCUCGUCGUCGCGCGCGGCGCCGCCGCGGACGACGACCGCGGCGACGGCGACGGCGACCGCGAGCGGCGAAGAGGCCAACGCGCGUACGCGACGCCGCCGCGGACGCGCGCGCUCGACCCCGCGCCCUUCGCCUCCGCGUCGUACUCGUACGCCUCCGCGUAUUAUCCGACGCCGACGCCGACGUCCGCCGAGCGAGCCGCCGCGGCCGCCGCGCUCGCGCGCGGCGCCGUCGCCCUCGGCGGCGCCGCGUUCGACGCCGUCGGCGCCGCGCUCGAGCUCGGCGCGGACGAGCUGGCGUGGAUGAUGGACGCGAACGACGACGACGACGAAGGGCUGUUCGCGACGACCUGGGGGGACGCGGACGCCGACCUCGCGGGCGCGAUACGCGCGUUCGCGUCGUCAGAGGCGGCGGCGUCGCGGGCGUCGCCGCCGCCGCCGCCGCCGCCGCCGCCGCGACCGUCCGGCGCGCCGCGCGAGGACUUCCGCGCGGCGGGACCGUACGAGGUCGACUCGCACGACGUCGCGUUCUACGACGACGGCGACGGCGGCGGCGCGUGGCCGCGGCGCGUGCGCGCGCUGGCGUUCAAACCGGUCGCCUCGAUCGACGCGCGCCCCGGCUCUCAUCGCGGCCCGUUCCCGGUCGUCGCGUUCGCGAUCGGGUGGAACAACUGGGCGUCGCGGUACGCGCGCACGCUCGCGCACCUCGCGUCGCACGGGUUCGUCGUGCUCGCGCCGACGACCGCGGACAGGGACGUGCGUCCGGGAAGGCGCGUUCGCAUUCACACCGGUCCCCGUACGACCCCGUUCGCGUGGUGGACGCCGUUCCUUAAGGACUUUCUCUCCCGGCGCGCGUCUCUCUCCGCCCAUCACCCCUCGGUUUUAAUCCCGAGGCACGCGCCUCGACGCCUUUCAACUCCAACGCUUCUGACGCCUUUCAACUCCACCCCGACGCCUUUCGACUCCGCCUCGAAGUUUCUCCUCGCUCGCGUCGGACCUCCGCGCGUGCCUCGAGUGGGCGCGGCGCGAGACCGACCGUCCGUCGUCGCCGCUGUACGGUCUCGUCGAUCGCGAACGGUCUGGGCUGUUCGGGCACUCCAGCGGCGCGGGCGCGGCGGCGCGCGCGACGAUGGACGUCAAGCGCGGCGGCGGCGGCGGCGGGGGGCGCGGGACGCACCUCAGGCGCGUUCUAUGUCACACUGGUCCCCGUACGACCGCGUCGGCGCGGUGAACGCCGUUCCUUAA